CAGAAGCAACACGAAAUGGAGGGUUCCUUAAUCACCGAAGAGGAGCCCCAUUUGACUCCGCAACUGCAGGCUCACUACGAGACAGAGGCAGAAGUGCUGGGAUUGCUGGUUGAUCUGGAGACAAAAUAUCGCGAAUACUAUAAACUGUAUCUGUGCGAACUGGAGGCCCAGAAGAUCCUCAUCGAGAGAGUUUGGCUUCUGACGCAGAGAUACCUUAUCCUUAUUAGUUGUGUCAUUGGCUGUCGCUAUCCCGAGGUCUACACUCUCUCCACGGAGGAGGCGCUCGUUAAUGAAUACGAGGAAAAGCUAGAAGUGCUACGUGCUUCCAACAACAAAAUGAAGCACUCGGUAAUGGAGCUGGACACGCACUGCAAGAAGUUUUACGCGGCCUACAAUCGGCUGAACAAGACCCUGGAGACGCCACUUAUCAUGGGCGAUCAGCAUCAUCGUUCCAUACAGCAUCACAAAAUAAUGGCCGUUGAUAUAUUCAACUAUUUCCAUGCAACAGUGCUUAAACUCAAGUGCUACAUGCACCAACUGGAUCCCUUGAAUCUGGAGAGCGUCGAGGAGUAUCGGGAGCUGCUAAAGACCGAGGCCCAACCGGAGGAGUUCGAGGAACACUUAAUGGAGCGCUUCGUCUACUGCAAGUGUCUCCACAAGGAGCCGACUUGCCCCAUCGAGAAACUGAAGUGCACCCAUCACAAUAUAGCAAAUUUGAAGUAUGUUAGUCGCAUCUAAUCACAGUCCUAAUGCACUCAUUAAACGAAACAUUAAAGUAAAAUCUAGUGGCUAAUCAAUAUUAA